UAUUGAUCAAUUGUAAUAUCUGAAAUAAGUUGUAUUAUUCAAUUCGUUAUUUGAGUUGUUUCAGGGGCGGGUUAAUCAUUAAAGUGGGAAAAUACAACAGACUAUGACAAUCACACUAGAAGAACGUGACUUUAGGAUUAGUGACGGCAGGGUGCGGAGUAGCCAAUCAGAAGCCGUGUGGUCCACGUGCGCGUUAGUCUGGGUGGAGCGAGGGAGUUACGUGGGCAAAAAGUGCGCUCGAGCGUCAACGUAGGAGAGACAAAUACAACGUUUUGCAGCUGGAUGCGGUAAAUAGGAAUACACGCCGAGAUUGAUUCGGAGGAUCUUUAUUUUUUUCCGUGCCUUACUGGACACCGACUUCAGCCGUUUAGGGCGUCGGAACUGAGUUGACUGCGACUAUUACUAUUUAUGUAACCGUUACCGUUUCGGAGAGCGUGCUGGCGUAGAAAGGGAGAGAGUGUGAGGAUUUGAUUUCAUUCAACUAUACACACACACACGAUUCAUUAUUUUGUCAAAAGCAGCUACUGGUAACAGAACUGAUUGUCUGUUACCUUAUUUUAUUAUCUUAUUUGUAUGAUUUAGAAAUAAUAAUAAUAAAAAAAAACAAGUUAUACAACAGGGGAGUACAGCGCACAGCUCGGUCCUAAAGCCUGCCGUGUAUACAGCUACGCACUUUCGUAUCCCAAUGGUUCAGCUGAGGCCAGUGUCUAAAAGCUUUGACAUAAUGGCGAGUGUUUUGUUAGAGCAAGGAUAAUUUGAUUUUUCAACAAUUUACACUUUUUUUAAGUUUUAGGGCGAUUUGCAUAAACCAUAAUUAAACCAUCCAUUUUUUUUUGGACUGCACAGACUUUUUUGAGAAGUUUUGACACCUCGAAUAUUAACAUUUAAAGAGAUUGUCCGGUGAAGUAAUGGUCGUAAAUACAAUCCACUGGUUCAGGAAGGGCUUGCGGCUCCACGACAAUCCUUCCCUCCAAGAAUCCAUCCGGGGAGCGGACAGUGUGCGCUGUGUGUACAUCCUCGACCCCUGGUUUGCUGGAUCGUCUAACGUCGGAAUCAACAGGUGGAGGUUUUUACUACAGUGUCUGGAGGACUUGGACACCAGCCUUCGCAAGCUCAACUCCCGGUUGUUUGUAAUCCGGGGCCAGCCAACUGAUGUUUUCCCUCGGCUCUUCAAGGAGUGGAACAUCACCCGGCUGUCUUAUGAGUAUGACUCUGAGCCGUUUGGAAAAGAGCGAGAUGCAGCCAUUCAAAAGCUGGCCAGUGAGGCCGGAGUGGAGGUGACAGUACGGAUCUCCCACACACUCUAUGAUCUGGACAAGAUCAUCGAGCUCAAUGGUGGCCAGUCUCCACUCACCUACAAGCGCUUCCAGACCCUCAUCAGCAGAAUGGAGGCGGUGGAGACUCCCGCCGAGGCCAUCACAGCCGAAGUCAUGGGCUCUCGCACCACUCCUCUUUCUGAUGAUCAUGACGAGAAGUUUGGUGUUCCUUCCCUGGAAGAGCUCGGUUUUGACACAGAAGGUCUGUCCUCAGCUGUGUGGCCUGGGGGAGAGACUGAGGCCCUUACACGACUCGAGAGGCAUCUGGAGAGAAAGGCAUGGGUGGCCAACUUUGAGCGUCCCCGAAUGAACGCCAACUCGCUGCUGGCUAGUCCUACUGGCCUCAGUCCUUACUUGAGGUUUGGCUGCCUCUCGUGUCGACUCUUCUACUUCAAACUCACAGACCUUUACAAGAAGGUAAAGAAGAACAGCUCGCCACCUCUCUCGCUCUACGGCCAGCUGUUGUGGCGCGAGUUCUUCUACACAGCCGCAACCAACAAUCCACGCUUUGACAAAAUGGAGGGCAACCCCAUAUGCGUGCAAAUCCCAUGGGACCGCAACCCAGAGGCACUGGCUAAGUGGGCCGAGGGCAGGACAGGCUUCCCCUGGAUCGACGCCAUCAUGACCCAGCUGAGGCAGGAGGGGUGGAUUCACCACCUGGCGCGGCACGCCGUGGCCUGCUUCCUCACACGUGGAGACUUGUGGGUCAGCUGGGAAGAGGGCAUGAAGGUGUUUGAGGAGCUGUUGCUGGAUGCAGACUGGAGUGUGAAUGCAGGCAGCUGGAUGUGGCUCUCCUGCAGCUCCUUCUUCCAGCAGUUCUUCCACUGCUACUGCCCAGUGGGUUUCGGCCGCCGCACCGACCCCAACGGGGACUACAUACGACGGUAUUUACCAGUGCUCAGAGGAUUUCCGGCAAAGUACAUUUAUGAUCCAUGGAACGCCCCUGAAAGUGUGCAGAAGUCAGCCAAGUGUGUGAUUGGUGUGCACUACCCAAAGCCUAUGGUGCACCAUGCAGAAGCUAGCCGUCUCAACAUCGAGCGCAUGAAGCAGAUUUACCAGCAGCUGUCAUGUUACCGUGGUCUGGGUCUGCUGGCAAUGGUGCCAUCCAACCCUAACGGAAACGGGGAAAAGCAUGAUGGGACAAGCGUGAUGGGAAUCCCCAGUGCAGAUGCCACCCAGGGAACUGCUGCAUCCUCUGGGUUCCAGAUGCCUGCUAACUCUCAGGGGGAGUGGACCAGUGGAAUGAUGGUAUAUUCUCCUAGUUGCAAUACACAACAAGGUUAUUCUGGCAGCAGUAGUGGAAUGGUGUGUUACAGACAGGAAGCUCAGCAGAUCCUUGGUCCUGUGUUACAACAAGGGCGGGGACAUCACUCCAGCACUGUACAGUCAUCUGGGAAACGUCACAACGAGGAUUCUGGUUGUAACACAAGCUCAAAAGUCCAGAGACAGAACAGUCCUUGAACAGGUUCUCACGUCACCAUAGCAUCCUGGAAAUCACAUACUGGUGUGUGUGUGUUAAAAUGAAAAGAAAAUAAAAAAAAUAAAAUAAA